CCGUAUGAAGUUAGAUCUAAGUUAAUAGACUUUUCCUUUGAAAUAGUAAAUGAAACAUUUUAAUCCCUCAUUCAGAUUAGUUCUGUUGAAGAUUAAACACUUGGAGAGGAAAAUGACAUCGAUUAUCAAGUUGACUACGCUUUCAGGGGUGCAGGAGGAAUCUGCCCUUUGCUAUCUGUUGCAAGUAGAUGAGUUUCGCUUUCUUUUGGAUUGUGGUUGGGAUGAAAACUUUUCUAUGGAUAUUAUUGAUUCUCUGAGAAAACAUGUACACCAAGUUGAUGCUGUUCUUCUUUCUCAUCCCGACCCUCUACACCUUGGUGCUCUUCCAUAUGCAGUUGGAAAAAUGGGGUUGAAUUGUGCCAUUUAUGCAACUAUUCCUGUAUAUAAAAUGGGACAGAUGUUUAUGUAUGAUCUCUACCAGUCCCGCCAUAAUACUGAAGAUUUCACGCUCUUUACGUUGGAUGAUGUAGAUGCAGCCUUUGACAAGAUACAACAGCUGAAGUUUUCUCAAAUUGUGAACUUGAAAGGCAAAGGGCAUGGUUUGUCGAUCACACCAUUGCCAGCUGGGCACAUGAUAGGAGGCACAAUUUGGAAGAUUGUCAAGGAUGGAGAGGAAGAAAUUGUUUAUGCCGUUGAUUUCAACCACAAGAGGGAGAUCCAUCUGAAUGGAUGUUCCUUGGAAAUGUUGAGCAGGCCUUCAUUGCUUAUUACAGAUUCAUUUAAUGCUACUUAUGUACAACCCAGGAGGAAGCAAAGGGAUGAACAGCUACUGACUAAUGUUUUGGAGACAUUACGAGGUGAUGGAAAUGUACUGAUAGCCGUGGAUACAGCAGGCAGAGUUCUGGAACUUGCUCAACUUCUUGAUCAGAUCUGGAGAACAAAAGAUGCAGGAUUAGGAGUCUACUCUCUAGCGCUUCUGAAUAAUGUCAGCUACAAUGUAGUGGAGUUCUCUAAAUCACAGGUUGAAUGGAUGAGUGACAAGUUGAUGAGGUGCUUUGAAGACAAGAGAAACAAUCCUUUCCAGUUCCGCCAUCUCUCCUUAUGUCAUAGUCUGUCUGAUCUGGCUCGAGUGCCUAGUCCGAAAGUUGUUCUUGCCAGUCAACCUGACUUAGAGUGUGGGUUUUCUAGAGAUCUUUUCAUUCAGUGGUGCCAGGAUUCCAAAAACUCUAUAAUUUUAACUUACCGCACUACACCUGGAACAUUAGCACGGUUCCUGAUUGAUAAUCCUUCUGAAAAAGUUAUAGAUAUUGAGUUGAGAAAACGUGUCAAAUUGGAAGGAAAAGAACUUGAAGAAUACCUAGAAAAGGAGAAGUUAAAAAAAGAAGCAGCUAAGAAGUUAGAACAGUCUAAAGAGGCAGAUAUUGAUUCCAGUGAUGAGAGUGAUGCUGAAGAGGAUAUUGAUCAGCCAACUGUACAUAAGACCAAACAUGAUUUGAUGAUGAAAGGUGAAGGAAGCCGAAAAGGAAGCUUCUUCAAACAGGCAAAGAAAUCUUAUCCAAUGUUUCCAGCACCUGAAGAAAGAAUUAAGUGGGACGAAUAUGGCGAGAUUAUUAAACCUGAGGAUUUUCUAGUUCCAGAGCUUCAAGCAACAGAAGAAGAAAAAAGCAAAUUAGAAUCUGGUUUGACAAAUGGAGAAGAGCCUAUGGACCAGGAUUUAUCAGAUGUUCCUACCAAAUGUAUUUCUGCAACAGAAUCCAUGGAAAUAAAAAGAGUCAGGUUAAAAGAUUCUCUUGUCAGCUCCCUUCAGUUCUGUAAAGCCAAGGAUGCUGAGCUGGCGUGGAUAGAUGGUGUUCUGGACAUGCGGGUUUCAAAAGUGGAUACUGGAGUUAUUUUGGAAGAGGGAGAGCUGAGGGAAGAUGAAGACUUAGAGAUGCAAGUGGAUGUGCCUUCCUCAGACUCUAGUGUUAUUGCACAACAGAAGGCAAUGAAAAGCCUCUUCGGUGAUGAUGACAAGGAGAUGUGUGAGGAAAGUGAGAUCAUUCCUACUUUGGAACCUCUGCCACCUCAUGAGGUUCUUGGACAUCAGUCUGUGUUUAUGAAUGAGCCAAGACUGUCUGACUUCAAGCAAGUUCUCUUGCGAGAAGGUAUACAAGCUGAGUUUGUAGGAGGAGUGCUUGUAUGCAACAAUCUGGUGGCUGUUCGCAGGACUGAAACAGGGCGAAUUGGAUUGGAAGGCUGUCUCUGUCAGGACUUCUAUAGGAUAAGAGACCUUUUAUACGAGCAAUACGCUAUUGUCUAAGGAGAGUGCUGCAAAGAUGGAUUUACUUGAACUUUUAAAGACAAUGGGGAUUCCUCCCAAUUUUGACUUUUUGUAGUUUUCUAACUUAUACAGGGGAAACCUAAUUCAUAAAGAACAAUUAACUACCCUGAACAUGUAAAUAACUGCUAUUGUCAUUCUUCAUAAAUAUGUUGGUACAUUCCAUGUUGUUGUCUUUCAAACCAUUAUGACUUGCUGUCUCUUACGUAAUACUUUAUAAAUUAAUUAGUGACUAUGAACCCUUCUCAGGAAAGGCUCAAUUUGUCAGGACAUGUUUUGGUUUCAUAGAUUCCCUGCCAAAGAGUACAAGUAUAUAAAAGUCAUUAUUCUGUUCUAAAAUAAGAUUAGAUAGAGAAUUGUGGGCUUCUUUGGUUUUGUUCUAUUUGGGUUUGGGUUGUAUGGGGUUUUUUGAAAUAACUUUUAUUUAGGGAAAGUAU